GUUCCUCGCUGUGCCGGCCAGGAGAGGAAUAAGCGAGCAAGAAGAGAAGAUUUGGUGAACCAAGGAGAGACAGACAGGAGGGAGAGAGACCAUGGAUUCUCUCUCGGUCUUGCUGAAGUCCUGGGUCGUACUGCAAACACUCUGCCUGGUUCUGGCCCAAGUGAGAGGUCCACCUGGACCUCAGGGCCAGGCGGGCCCACCAGGCCCUUCUGGUACUCCCGGGUCAGACGGCAUUGAUGGAGACAAAGGACCUCUUGGCCCCGCUGGUCCACCAGGGCAAAAGGGAGAGCCAGGACAGCCAGGUCGUGAUGGAGCACCCGGAGACAACGGCAUUGAUGGUUUGAUUGGUGCAAAAGGUGACCGAGGUCCAAUGGGAAGCCCUGGCCCGAAGGGUCAGGCUGGUUUAAGCGGUGAGCCUGGCCGCCCUGGAACUGGCCUACCAGGGCUUGCUGGAGCUCCAGGACCAAUUGGUCUUCCUGGUAAUAUUGGACCAAUCGGACCAAAGGGUUUAAUGGGACCACCGGGACCUCCGGGGCUCCCUGGGCCACCAGGCAAGCCGGGUCCUCCAGGAAAGUUCAUUGGCGGAGAGGAGGGAAGUGCAGAUUUCCAGUGUCCUCUUAACUGUCCAGCAGGACCCAAGGGCCCACAGGGAAUUCAAGGUGUCAAAGGCCACAAAGGACGCCCCGGUGCUCUUGGAGAUUCCGGCAGUAUUGGAAAACUGGGAAUCAAGGGAGAAGUGGGACUCUCUGGAGAACAAGGCAUCCCCGGACCUCCUGGUCCAAUGGGCGUGAGGGGUUAUCCAGGAAUGAUGGGCCCCAAAGGAGAGGCGGGACCACGUGGUUACAAGGGUAUCAACGGACCUGUAGGGAUUCCCGGACCUCCAGGUGAGGAGGGACCUCAGGGUCCACCUGGAGAGGCAGGGGACAAAGGAGAUAAAGGCAGCCGCGGUAUACAAGGCCCGCAGGGUGCAGUUGGCAAAAAGGGAGAAAAUGGCCUGCCUGGAAUUGAUGGAAAGGAUGGCACACCUGGUAUUCCUGGAAUCAAAGGUGGGCCCGGCCAGGCUGGGAUGCCAGGUCCCCCCGGUCCUCACGGAACAGCGGGAUUGCCUGGUAGUCCUGGGGCCAAAGGUGGACCUGGAGCUAAAGGCGAGCCUGGACAGAGGGGUCAUGUUGGCAUGAGCGGUGCCCCUGGACCUUUGGGUGAGCCUGGUGUUCCUGGUGAGGCUGGUAUGGAAGGAGUUCCUGGUCCCAAGGGAGACAGAGGUCAGCGUGGUCCAGUAGGCCCACAAGGAAUAGUUGGGAAGCCUGGAAACAAAGGCGAGAGGGGGCCAAUGGGUGUUCCAGGUGCUCAAGGUCUAAGUGGAACCAAAGGAGACAAGGGUUUCCAAGGAAAAGCUGGGCCCAAAGGAGACAUUGGUGACCCUGGUGUUGAGGGAUUGGCUGGUGAGAAAGGUGAAAAGGGUUUGUCUGGAGAACCUGGGCCUAAAGGACAGCAAGGUGUGAGGGGAGACACUGGACACAACGGUCCAACUGGAGACUCUGGUAAGCCAGGUGAUCAAGGACCCCCUGGACUGCCUGGUCCUAGGGGAUUGAAUGGCAUGAGAGGAGUGCCUGGCAUGGCGGGUAUUCAGGGUCCAUCAGGACGUGAUGCAUCUGACCAGCAUAUUAUUGAAGUGGUGCUGAAGAUGUUGCAAGAGAGGCUGGCAGCAGUGGCGGUGAGCGCCAAGAGGGCUGUGCUUGGUGGAGCUGGUGUAAUGGGACCCCCAGGCCCUCCUGGACCUCCAGGGGCACCGGGUCCACAGGGACCACAUGGUUUGCCUGGUUCUCGGGGCAUUCCUGGCAUGAUCGGGGCUCACGGACAGAUUGGAAAUACAGGGCUUAAAGGAAAGAGAGGUGCAAAGGGUGAGAGAGGAGAUCUGGGUAAACCCCACCAAGGACCACCAGGCCUCCCGGGAAUUCAAGGUCCUCCAGGUGUUGACGGCGUGGCUCGAGAUGGCAGACCGGGCGAGAGAGGCCCCCAGGGAGCGGCUGGUGAGCCCGGUCGUCCCGGUAAAGCAGGUCCACAAGGCCUCCCGGGCUUCUGCGAGGCUGCCAUGUGCCUGGCCGCGUCGGCGUACACCUCUCCAAGACUACAGGAAGCGGGGACCAUCAAAGGACCGAACUUUUAGGAGUUCUGUCUCCACCACAGUUCAUGACAAUGGGGAGGAAGAGAAGGAAAGAGACCACUCUUCUCGCUUGAACAUCAUGAGCAAGGGGCAAGGGGGGGAGAGAGUAUAUUGACUGGAUGUACAACACCCCCCCUCUUCCCCACCUGAAGUUUUGACUGACGGGGUGUUCUCUCUUCUUACAUCACCAUGACAACAGCAGGUCACAGCCACCCAAGUGCUUCUGAAUCCUCCAUUGUCUUGGAUGAUGUGCCACAAUAUGUGCUAAGAGGACCUGACGGCAAAGUAAAAGGUGCCAUACAUUUGCGCUGCAGUUUAAUUUGCCAUGUUUUGUUAAAAAAUGAGUCAGUUAAAACCCGCAAUGCAACAUCCAAAUGCCGUUAAAAACUGUGCAAAGGACCAAUAAAUAAUUAACGCGUCGUAUUGCCAAUUCUAAGCUUGAGCAAAGACCCUCAUUCAUGCCCCCUUCUCCAUUACCCGCUUUCUGCCCAAGUCUCAUUUUAGAAAGUAACGACUACUUUAUCUCUUCCUCUUGUUGCUCGGCAACGGCAUAUCCCAAUGAGCACUCCCAUCUCCCACAAUGCAGUGCUGUAAAUCUUUGUAAAUGUGUGUUGAUUAUUAUGUAGUGAAAAAGCAAUGGGUUACGAUAUACACCAACAAAGAAUCCUGGGUGAAUGAUUCCAGAGAUUAAUAAAAGUUCCUCCAGAGAUCAUUUCUUAUUUCUGUUAGUGUGCUUCCUCAUGUGCCACUUGUCAACCUUCCACAAGGUGUCAGCAGUUUAAUGACUGAUUUUUAUUCAUCAACAGACGUUAUUUAUUGUCCUUAAAAUAUAAUCAAAUGUAAAAGCCUUUUUUUUCUUUUCUGGCUGUUCAAGUCAACCCAAACCAAUAAAAAGGAACCUUUU